AUCAUCUUCCCCGUCCCAAACCCCGAGCCUCUUAUAUCAGCAACCUACCCUCUCUCAUCGACGCUUGUACGAUCCACCGACGAAAACACUGCCAUCAGCUCUGAGAUGGGUAAGAAUAAUGCCAAAAAGACGCAAACAACGUUGCGCUCACAGAGAACACGGUCAAGCAAGGGCCGGCUCCUCAGUGACCCAGCGCACUCGACCGCCUUGCUUACCGACCAACUUCGCUCUCUUGGUCUCUAUGCCGCCAACACUAUCGGCGACGGCAAUUGUCUUUUCCGCGCGUUGUCUGACCAGCUCUAUGGGACGGCUUCACGCCAUACCCAGCUUCGCAAGGACGUUUGUGAUUGGAUAGCACGUCACAAGACACGGUACGAGCCAUUUGUUGAAGAUGACAGGGGUAUCGAGACGCAUUUGGGAUGCAUGCGCCAGAAUGCCACCUAUGGAGGGCAUCUGGAACUCUCUGCCUUUGCGCACCUGACCCGUCGCAAUGUGAAGGUCAUCCAACCUGGUCUCGUUUAUGUCAUUGAAUGGGCUGGCGGCGGAGGUCCGGCAUCACCCACUUCCUCGUCACCUUCAUCCUCGCCGACGCGCGCAAGUGGCAAAACCGACUUCGAGCUUAGUUCAGACCUACCGUUGACUGACAGCACAAUCUAUGUCGCUUAUCACGAUUGGGAGCAUUUUUCCUCGGUCAGGAAUUUGCGUGGGCCUCACACAGGCCUCCCUGCUGUACAGGAGACAGCACCAUAUCCAUACCCUUCAUCUCCUUCCCCAUCAUCUCAGGAAUUGUCCAGCAAGCAGCAGUCUAAAGCCGAUCUUAAAGAGCGUAAGCGUCUGGAGAAGGAGAUGAAAGAGCGGGCUAGGCAGGAAAAGCGGAACGCCCAUCCAGACGAGAACUCCCCACCUACUAGUAUCGUGCUUCCGAAAGUGCGCUUGAAACUGUCAACCGCAUCACCUAGCACAACGCCCGUGACACUCCCAAAUUCCGCUGCUACGUCUUCGUCCUCUCUAUCCGCGCCGCCCUCGACCCCUGAGCCCAUGAAACUGCCGACUCGUGCAACCGCUCUGCUUAAUGGUCGCAUCCAACACAGUCCCAAGCGAAGCUUAGAGGAGGUUGAUCAUAGCGCAUCAGAUGGAGCUGCGAGUGAAGGCGAGACCUCGGGUCAGCGACACGGCAGGGAGGGUGCAAAGAGGACAAGGAGCACUUACCAUCCAAUGUCACGUGAUGAAGAUGCUGAUGCCGAUGGAGACAUAGAGAUGGAUCUGGAUGCCAACUCCGCAUCGGACGACAAUAACGACUCUGACUCUGACGAAGAUGCCGAGGGCGAACCAGACCCAGAUGUCGAUACUUCGUCACAAUACCCACCCACGAACAGUACAACAAGUAGUGGAACACCGCUUUCGCUUUCCUUGUCUCCGCCAGCCCUUUCUUCGUCUUCAAGCCUCUCGAGCUUAUCGAGCAUCAGCCCCAGUCCGCCUCCUGAGCCCCUCCCUAUUGUCAAACCCAAACCCAUGACUCGUAGACAGAGAAAAGCGCUCGGCCUUCCGAAGGCGAAGCUGUCUAUGACGACGCGUUCGGCAAGCAAACUUGCUGCUGGGAAAGUUAUGAUACCGAGCACCGGGGAUAACGGUGAGUGGCAGAGCAACGGCACGGGAAGGCUAGAUGUGAGAGGGUUUCGAGAGCUGCGGAUAUAA